GGGGGUUAAGCGACCGCCUCCCCUACGGCCAAAAAUAAGCUAUGGCGAAUGGUGCCAUUCCAUCGCGCAGCACAGCGGAGGCCCGAAAGAGACAUCGAGGGCAGCUAGUGCAAUGGGAUGCCUCCAGCAAGACAGGGUAUGUUCAAUUGGAAAAGCCUUACCUCGACGUGGACGUGGCCGAACUCUGGGCCCAUGACCUACGGAAGUACCGCACCAAGCUGGAGGAAGGGCAAUAUUUGAACUUUGUGAUUGGUAUUGAACCACAGGCCCAUGCCGUGCCCUGCCUCCGCUGCGGCGACGCCGUGCCGUCCCGCAGCCGCUCGCCGCGGAGGACGGGCGGCGCGCAGGCUGAGCCUGAUGCACACGACGACAAAAUCCAGUUCGAGGAAGACGACGAUGCCGAUUCGCAAAUUGGAGGUCUGGACCUCGGCAAUGAGAACGCUUCGGAGGACGAGCAGUGCUUUGCCGCCGAGGAUGCCAAAUCAGAGGCCAGUGAUGAGCCGGAAAGGCUACAGCGGGAGGCCGACGAUCAGCGCCUGGAAGAGCUCAACAGGCCAGGCGCCAGGUAUCGCGAGGAUCGACCACGACGAGUGCUACUGGACUGGACCCCCAGGACGGGGCGCAUCUGCGACUGGAACGCCGAUGCCACGGAGGGGUGGAUCGAGCCCGACGAGCUUAUCGCGGGUCCGCGCGGCCGGCCACGGCAGCAGCGCGUGUGGUUCAGCGACAGCGACCUGUCGAGCGCUUUCGAUCCAUUCCACCCGGACUUUGACAUUGAAAAGUUAGCCUGCAAAUUCCUGCUGUACGAAGCUCAGGGAGAGAUGUGCGCCGCCUUCGUCACUCUUACAGAUGAAGGUUGCUUGGCACCGCAGCGCAAGCUGCCGCCGCUGCAGGUACUGGCGCCGGAGUCCCCGAGUCCGAAGAACGAAAGCCCGGACGGUCCAGAGGAGCCCGAGGGAUUUGAGGAGACCGAUGAGGAGGUGCCUGGCUACGAGGAGGAAGUUGACCCGCCGGCUGCGGAGCCGGCGCGUGAGGGGCAGCAGAACGCCAGGGCCUUCCUUCAGCGCGAGGUGCCAGAGGCGGUGCGGGUCUUCGAGGAUGCCGAGACCACUUGGUCGGUGUCUGAAAUGGGCAAACGCAUGACGAAGUACUUCGUGGGAGGCCUCUCUGCAGCAGCCGAGAAGCGUAGCGACUGGAGAAGCAGUGGCAAGAGGUUCCUGGAGAAGGGCAUCCGGUCCUUCACCAACGCCUGCGGCAGCCGCAAGUGGUUCAACGAUGCAGAAGAGGUCCUGAAGCCCCUCUUGGCCCAUGCCACUUGGGAAGUGGUGCAGGACUGCGAGAACGCGUAUGAGGCGACGGAGGAGUUGACUCGAGAACUGGUGGAUGAGGCCUACUUGGACAUGUGGGAGUACCAGAACUUCGAUGUUGCGGUGCAGGACGCCGUGCGCCGAUCCUUCAAGGACCUGAGCGGACAAAUGCAGCAGAAAGUGAUGCAAGCGCUCGCGAGGACCCAUCAAGGGGCCGAGAAGGAGAGCGCGGUGGAAGGCAACUUGUUGCGGCAGAUCGAGGUGUUUACAGAAACCUGGGUGAACCAAAGCAUGGACCGCGCCUGCACCAUGAUCAACUCGGAGUUGCUGGACGAGGAGACCGUGGUGCAGCUCUUUCGCUUCCUGCUCCAUCCGGAGUUCUCCAAGACGUACUCCUGCGUCCCCGCUUCGCUUCGGAAGAACGGCAGGCCGCCUCGGGGUUGGAAGUUCUUGCGCCCCUGCGUGCAAGAGAUGCUGCGCCGCUGGGCCGAUGCCCAAGGUGUUGCACCCAAUCGAGGCGAGCGCAGAACCUCGCGAAGUCCGGGCCGCCCUUUCGUGCGCAAGCGGCAGAUGCCCUCGCAAUUGCGGGAAAGGUGACAGCGCUCCGACGAGUUGUGCAGUCGCAGCACGCCGGUUUCGGUCCG